AUGCCGAGUGUUUUUAGAAAGCAGUGCUUACUGAACGAGCCCGGCCGCCGGAAGAGCGAGAGCAUGGCAUCCUUGGUGGGCGAGGUCUUGUUCGAGAACCUCUUGCUGGAGAGCGACGAUGAAGAAGACACCAUCCAAGGCGACGAGCAGACCCCCGAUGAUGCGUCAGACACCAGCGCAGACUGGGAUCAAGCGAUCCAGUCAUUCGGCGCCCGCAUCGACUGGCAAGACGCCAUGCGAUCUCUGACCAUGACGGCAGCCCAUCUCCUGAACCUCGAAAAGGAGAUAUUCGACUUGGCCUGCGACGUCGUCGCCUUUGUCGAACCCGGCUCCUCCCUCGAGGCCAAGACCUUUGAGGUUACAAUGACGUCCCUGCAUCCCUCGGCAAGCAUGGAUCCGGACGCCGUUGCUGACCUCGCCGUCGACGAGAUCCUGCAGCUCACUCUCUACAUCCCGCAUAUGCGCCUUGUAUCAGAGAUCAUGACGCUCAAGGAGCAGCUGGCGCGCGAUAAUUGGAGCUGCCGUGACGAGCACCAAGACAAAGACAACGACGAGUGCGCCGUCGUCGACGAAGAGGAAUUGGAGGCAAGGGGAAAGCUCAUCUACAACAUAGCCGCCAUCGCCAGCAAGGCUGGCCACCUCGAAAAUCUCAUCUCCAUCAUCCUGCCCAAGUGGCGUUGGAUGAUGGCGGAUUCCAUCAGGUUUGGAAAAGAUGCCCAGAAGACCGCCAUACUUGACCAGUUUGUUGAUAGCAUCCUCCGCUGGGCUCUAGACUACGCAUCUUGGUCGAAAACAUUUCUUUGUGAUGGUGAUAUUUGA